AUGUCGGCCUCAGGAUCCGGAAUUCCCAAUGCUGCCUCGGGGUCAUCCAGCGGUGUGAAGAAGGGGUUCCCUCAAGUUGACCUGUCAGGCAAUGACCUUCCACCUUCCCCUGCCCCAUCUAGCCCUCAUACCGGUCGCCGGUACAAUAUUGCCACCGAGCUGGUCUUCACCGAAGGCAGUGACCAAUACAAUGCUAGCAGCGUCCCUAUCUAUCAGAGUGCUACCUUCAAACAAACCUCCAACGCCGGCGGUGGAGAGUAUGACUAUACACGGUCCGGGAACCCCACUCGCACACAUCUUGAGCGUCACUUGGCCAAGAUCAUGUCGGCACAGCGCGCCCUGGUGGUGUCCUCCGGCAUGGCAGCCUUGGACGUGAUUACAAGACUUCUCCGCCCUGGUGACGAGGUGGUCACUGGUGACGACCUCUACGGUGGCACCAACCGCCUGCUUAAGUACCUCUCGACUAACGGGGGAAUUGUCGUGCACCACGUCGACACCACAGAUCCCGAGAAGGUCCAGGAGGUGCUGAGCUCGAAGACAACCAUGGUGCUGCUUGAGACCCCCACAAACCCCCUGAUCAAGAUCGUCGAUAUCGGAAAAAUUGCCACCGCCGCCCAUGAAGCCAACCCCGCCUGCAUUGUCUCUGUGGACAACACUAUGAUGUCUCCCCUUCUCUUAAACCCACUAGACUUCGGCGCUGAUGUCGUUUACGAGAGUGGCACCAAAUACCUCUCCGGACACCACGACCUGAUGGCCGGUGUCAUUGCCGUGAACGACCUGCAGCUCGGAGAGCGCCUAUACUUCCCGAUCAACGCAUCAGGAUGUGGCCUGUCGCCGUUCGACUCUUGGUUGCUGCUACGUGGUGUGAAGACAUUGAAGGUCCGCAUGGACCAGCAGCAGAGCAAUGCCCAGCGCAUUGCUGAGUUCCUUGAGUCGCAUGGCUUCAAGGUGCGCUACCCCGGUUUGCGGUCCCACCCACAGUACGAACUCCACAAUUCUAUGGCGCGGGGCGCCGGUGCUGUGCUCUCGUUCGAGACCGGUGACACGGCCAUUAGCGAGCGCAUUGUGGAGAGUGCCAAGAUUUUCGCUAUCAGUGUCAGCUUUGGCAGUGUCAAUAGUUUGAUCAGUAUGCCGUGCCGUAUGAGUCAUGCCAGCAUUGACGCGAAGACCCGGGCGGAACGCGCUUUCCCUGAAGACUUGAUCCGGUUGUGUAUUGGUAUUGAGGAUGCGGAUGACUUGAUUGACGAUUUGCAACGAGCGUUGGUGCAAGCUGGUGCGGUCAAUGUCACUAUGGAUGGUAUCGAAGCUCGUUAG